ACGUCAUAUUUCAGAAAGCUGUGGGGAAGGAGGUGGAGACGAGGAAGGAAAAUCCUAACGCCUUUAACCUCCUCAUAAAUAAAUACGCUAAUCACACACAGAACGGAUUUCUGCUACAUUCAAAUUAAAACCUGAUUGAUCAAAGAAGACAGUGAAAAGCGAUGGAAACAACGACGACGAAAACGACGAAGGUGAAGGUGAGGAUAGUGGAGAGAGAAGGUGGUUCAGAUGGAAGUAGUGGAAGCUGGGAGAGCAGUGGUGGUGGCGGCGGCGGCAGUGGUGGUGGUGGCAGUGGCGGUGGCGGCAGUGGUGGUGGUGGCGGAGGAGAAGAGAGGGGGAUUUAUGUGUAUUCUGGCUGGGUUUAUCAUUUGGGGACGAACUCGAUAGGGCGUCAGUAUUGUCAUUUGAGAUUCUUGUUUAUUAAAGGAAAAUAUGUUCAGAUGUACAAGCGUGAUCCUCAGGAUCAUCCUGGCAUCAAACAUAUCAGGAAGGGUGUAAUAGGGCCUACACUUAAGGUGGAGGAGCUAGGGCGUCGAAAAGUCAAUCAUGGGGAUAUUUAUGUUUUACGGUUUUACAAUCGAUUGGAUGAGACAAAAAAAGGAGAAAUUGCUUGUGCUACAGCUGGAGAGGUUAAACAAUGGAUGGAAGCAUUUGAUCAGGGGAAGCAACAGGCUGAAUUUGAACUUGCAAGAGGACUUAGUGCCAGAAACAAGCUGAACAUGGAGACAGAGAUUAUCAAUCUUGAAGGACAUCGACCUAGAGUGAGGAGAUAUGCUUACGGAUUGAAAAAGUUAAUAAGAAUAGGGCAAGGUCCAGAAACACUUCUUCGGCAAUCCUCAAGCGUGGCUGCUAAGGUUAGGCCUGAUAGGUACUUUGAGGGUGAGGUUGGAGAUGCAAUCGACUUUCAUCAAUGGAAAUGUGUUCGUACAGCUAAUGGUGUUCGAAUCUUUGAGGAUGUGUCCAAUUCCAAGAAUGGUAAAGGUGUUCUUGUGAAAGCUGUUAGUGUGAUUGAGGCCAGUGCUGAUACUGUUUUUGAAGUGAUUUUGAACCUUGACCAACAUCAAAGAUAUGAGUGGGAUAUGUUGACAGGCGACUUGGAGCUGUUAGAUUCUUAUGAUGGACACUAUGAUAUUGUCUAUGGGACAUGUGAUUCCAAUUAUCUUUCCCGGUGGAAAUCAAAUAGAGAUUUUGUCUUCUCUAGGCAAUGGUUUCAUGGACAAGACGGAACAUACACAAUUUUGCAACUUCCUGCUGUGCAUAAGGAGCGACCUCCAAGAUCUGGAUAUCAGCGGGAGAAAAUCAACCCUUCUACAUGGGAGAUUAGAGAUUUAAAUACACCCAUGGAGUCAAAUACAGCAAGAUGUCUUGUGAUGCAAAUGUUAGAGAUACAAGAAGCAGGAUGGUGCAGAUGGAAGAAAAGUCGUGGCUCAAAGUUUGAGAAGACUAUUUCUUUUGCAUUAUUAUCUCAAGUGGAAGGUCUGAAAGAAUAUAUUUCAGCAAAUCCAGCAUUCAAAUUUGAACAUUCCACUACAGUCAUCAAUUCUAGAAUUUCUGAUGGUGCCAUCUCUAGCAGUGAAUAUGAGGAUUCUGAAGUGCAAGAUGAGUUUUACGAUGCAAUGGCUGAUGACUCAUCAUCAUCAUCAUCAGAAGAAGAGAGCGAUGAUGACCAUGAAAAGGUCAAGGGAGUGAAAGUUAAACUGAGGAAUGUUUCAUGGGCCAUCACAGGCUUGGCAUUGAAGCGAGCUCCAGAUACAGAUGCAAGAAAGGACUUGGAUCCAUGUAUAGCUCCAAUCAAUAUUGAUCCAAGCCAAUUUCAUGGUUCUCUCAACAAAGGAAAGGAUGAAAAUGAUUCAAACUGUUGGACUUCUCCAAGCGGCACAGGAUUUAUGGUUAGAGGAAAGACUUAUCUAAAAGAUAGCUCUAAGGUAAUGGGAGGAGAUCCCCUUCUCAAGCUCAUUUCAGUUGACUGGUUCAAGGUUGACAAGGCCAUAGAUGGGAUUUCACUUCAUCCCAGGUGUCUGGUGCAGACUGAAGCUGGAAAAAAGCUCCCCUUCGUUCUGGUCAUCAAUCUCCAGAUUCCAUCAAAACCAAACUACAGUUUGGUUCUCUACUAUGCUGCAGACAGGCCAAUAAACAAAAGUUCUUUGUUGGGUAAAUUUGUUGAUGGGACAGACUUGUUUCGGGAUUCAAGAUUCAAAUUAAUUCCUAGCAUCGUUGAGGGAUAUUGGAUGGUCAAGCGCGCAGUUGGAACAAAAGCUUGCCUAUUGGGGAAAGCUGUAACCUGCAAGUACCUCAGACAAGAUAAUUUUCUAGAGAUUGCUGUUGAUAUUGGCUCAUCAUCUGUGGCAAGAGGGGUCAUUGGUCUUGUCCUUGGAUAUGUCACAAGCUUAGUUGUUGAACUUGCAAUUUUGAUAGAGGCAAAAGAGGAGGCAGAUCUGCCUGAGUAUAUUCUCGGGACCGUCCGGCUAAAUCGUCUAAGGAUCGACACAGCUGUACCUUUGGAGGUUUAAGGUUUUCAAUUGUCAGCAUUCUCCAUUCAUCGUAUUCCUGUCUAGCUAAAUUAUCUAAGGAUCGACACAGCUGUACCUUUGGAGGUUUAAGGUUUUCAAUUGUCAACAUUCUCCAUUCAUCGUAUUCCAUCGAUGCUGUUAUUUUUGGGGCUUUGCUCGCUCUGAUAUCUCUGAUCCGGUAAAAGAUCACAACAGUCAUAUUAUAGUGCUUUGUUUAGAUGUAUUUAUAACACAUUGACAGAUGGAUAAAUGGGUUUCUACAUGGUGAGCUAUAAGCGCAGUUGAAGAUUGAUCAGGUGUGAAAGAUCCCACAUAAGUUUGGUUUGGUAGGAUUUACAAGGAGAAUUAAACUUGAGUUGAUGCUCAGCCUUUUACCGGAAUCGCUCAUUUGAUUGUCGGAUUGGAAAACUAGUGGUCGAGUAUCUGCAAACUGGGUAAGUGUGCUGGUAGAUACCAUCUUGUAUCCAAAUUAUUCAUCUCUUAAUUUGUCAGAAUGCUAUUUUUUUAUUAAAAAAAAACAUCUAAUCCAUUUGCAA